AUGACAAAAUGUCGCUUCUCAAACACUAUUGUUGGCAAAAGUAAGCUUUUACUUCAUUUACUUUUGGAGUGUAAGGGGUCCCAACCAACAUCUCUCGGGACCCAAGCCAACCUCGCCUGCCCGCGGUGCACUCUGCUGAUCAACGAAAGAGGCUCUGGCAACCCGCCAACACGCACUGGACCAGCGCGGCGGGUUAUGGUCCGUACCCCCCAUAUGAUGGUGAAGUCAAUGGGGGAGGCCUAUGUUCAGCAGUGGACGUCCUACGGC